UAGUAGAUGAGUAGAUGAGCCGAAAUAGCCACUCAGAGCAGAGAAGAACCUUCUCGAAAUUAUCACUACAUAUAAGAACAACAUACCCUAGAUAACACUCUGCAAAACCCCUCACUAUUUCUGUUAUCCACAACAGCGUUCUCCUUUGAAAUGGCAUCUGCAAAUGCUUUAUCAACUGCCUCAAUCCUCUCUUCUUCUUCUUCCAAACAGGGCGGGUUGAGGAAUAGGAGGGCUUACCAGUUGCACGGGAGGAAUUACAACGGCAAGACAUCGAGCUCCAAGAGCCGGUUUGUGGUGAAGGCGAAUGCUAAGGAUAUAGCGUUUGAUCAGAAAUCCAGGACUGCCCUUCAGGCCGGCAUUGAUAAGCUCGCCGAUGCCGUCGGCCUCACGCUUGGCCCCAGGGGUAACUGCACAUUGCUUUAAUUUGUCUCUUUAAUG